AUGAUUUGCAUUAGCUGGAACUGCCGUGGGCUUGGGAACCCACGGGGAGUUCGUGCACUUCGUGACCUGGUCAGGAAGGAAGUUCCCAUGGUCCUGUUCUUGCAGGAAACAAAAUUACAUGUAACUAAAAUGGAGUGUGUGAAAAGACUUUUGGGUUAUGAAUGCUGUUUUGCUGUGAGCAGUGAGGGGAGAAGUGGGGGAUUGGCUUUGAUGUGGCAAGAGGAGACAAAUUUGAAUGUGCAAAGCUACUCUAAGAACCAUAUUGAUGCUCUAAUACAUAAUGCAGAACAUGAUGGACAGUGGCAGUUUACUGGUGUAUAUGGCCAUCCUGAUACAGAAUUAAGGCAAGAGACUUGGAAUACAAUUCGAUCUUUGAGGGGCACAGUAUCUGUCCCAUGGUUGGUGUGUGGUGACUUUAAUGAGGUCUUAUGUUGGCAGGAAAAGAGAGGGGGUAGGAAUAGACCUGAAAGACAAAUGAGAACCUUCAGACAGCUACUUGAUGACUGCUCCUUCGUUGAUCUGGGAUUCAUGGGACCCCCAUUCACCUGGUGCAACAAAAGGGAUGUUCAACAUACAGUUAGUGAAAGGCUGGAUAGAUAUCUGGCUAAUCAGGGGUGGAUUGAUUGGUUCCCAGGCUUUCGAGUGGUACAUGGUAGUUCAGCCUCCUCUGACCACCUCCCAAUUCUUCUGUAUUCAAGGAGAGAAAAAAGUUCCAAAAGAAACAAGCUCUUUAGAUUUGAAGCUAUGUGGACUGAGGAAGGGGAGUAUGAAAACAUUGUGGAAGACUCGUGGAAUGGAAGAACAAGUGGUAACCAAAUGAAUAACAUCAAGACAAGGAUUGGAGCCUGCUCCCAGAGACUGGCACAAUGGAACAAGACCAAGUAUGGUAAUGUGCAGAAGAGAAUUCAGCAAUGUAGAACCCACCUGCAACAGGUCCAGGAGAGGGACCCCUAUCAUUCUCAGAUGGAACUCCACCAAGAGGCAAGAUGUCAGCUGCAAAUGUGGUUGGAAAGGGAAGAGAUCCUAUGGUGCCAAAGAGCUAAGUCACUAUGGCUACAAGGGGGAGACCAGAACACCAAGUAUUUCCACUAG